CUUGCGUCGCGCGCCCUGCAGCUCAUUGAAGAAAAAAGAAGAAAAGAAAAAUUGAGCCUUGGCAAGGCAUGGCGUGGCAUGGCAGAUACGCAGACAAGUCAGCGGCGGGCUUCCGUUUUCCAAUGGACCAGGGUUGUGGCAUUGGACUCUUGGAGACCAGGGAUCCAAUGGCGUUAACUCGGUAUGUCUCUUCCAAAGGAGUAGGCGGUGGUGACAUGAAUGCCCGCGAAGCUCCGAACUCGAAGCUCAAUCUUUGGCAACUUUCUCCGUGAACUUUUGCUUUCCUGUCUGUCUGUAUACAGAAUCCUGGAGUCAAGCAUUGAGGAACCCCUUUCACGUUUUUGAUACCCUCCUCGGAAAAGCCUUGUUCCUAUUCCCAAUUCGUUUUCCACUGUAAUCAGUCAGUUUGGGAACAGACAUCACACAUCAACCGCAAUCAUGUCGGCACCAAUCUCUCUGUCCGCUGUCUCCUCCAGCGAGAGCCUCAUCAAGCUCCCCCACCCGUACCACGCCGAGUACGCCGUCCAGCGCGCCUUCAACCACGACACCUUUGCCGGCAAGACGUCAGAGGGCGGUCUUCACUUUUACCGCCUCGCGCCCCUCGCCGCCGCCCAGGACAACACCAAGCAGACGACUCCUCUGCCCGAGCGUCUUCACAGCGAGAACCUCUACUUCUCCGAGCCCGCGGACCUCAAGUCGAGCGAGCUCCCGGCCGACUCCAACAACAGCGCCUGGGCCCGCGCCCGCCGCUCCCCGAGCGCCGCCUUCUCGUGGGACAGCAAGACCAAGCCCACGCUCGCCCAGGCCUGGCUCCUCGUCUACGUCAUCUUCGUCCUCCGCCCCGCGGAAGAGCUCGUCCGCCUCGAGCUCCGCGGCGCCGGCGCCGACGUCCUCGGCCAGCAGCUCCGCGACGUCCUCCUCGCCAUCGAGCACCCUACCCAGACAGACGCCCAAAAGCCCGCCGCGUCCGCGGAGCAGUCCACCGUCGUCGUCCUCCGCUCCGCCUUCUGGCAGGGCGCCGGGUCGCCUUUCGGUCCCCGUCCCGUCUGGCUCCCGCAGGAAUCCCCCGCGGCCCUCGAUAACCCUCUCUCCUCGUACCCCUUGACCCCCCUCCAGCACACCAUGACGGCCGUCUCGGCCUCGGACCCGUCGAACCCGAACCUCUACCAGCAGGCGUGGCACCCGAUCCGGCCGGCCAAGCCUGCGCCGGGGGCCACGGUGUACAGCCGCUGGAUCCCGCAUCUCAAGGAGACGUUCAGCAUGGUGGCGCUCGACUACCGCAACGCGGAGCACCUGCGUCUGUUCCACGAGUGGCAGAAUGAUCCGCGCGUGUCGCAGGGGUGGAACGAGACAGGCACGCUCGACCAGCACCGCGAGUACCUGCGCAAGAUUGACGAGGACCCGCACCAGUUUGCCAUUCUGGCCGCGUGGGAAGAUACUUUCUUUGCUUACUUUGAGGUCUACUGGGCCAAGGAGGACAAACUAGGCGGCUACUACGACGCCCAAGACUGGGACCGCGGCCGGCACUCGCUGGUCGGCGACGUGCGCUUCCGCGGACCCCACCGCGUGACGGCGUGGUGGUCCUCGCUGAUGCACUUCCUCUUCCUCGACGACCCGCGGACCUCGUGGGUCGUGGGCGAGCCCAAGAAGACGAACGAUACGGUGCUCAUGUACGACUUCAUGCACGGGUUCGGGCUGGACAAGUUUGUGGAUUUGCCGCAUAAGCGGAGCGCGUUUGUGCGGUGCUCGCGCGAGCGGUUCUUCCAGCUUUGUCCGUUGGGGGAUAAUGAAAAGGUUGUGGGCGGGAUGAGGAUUCAGCUUGUGCCCAAGUUGUAGAGAUCCAACGGGCGGUAGUUUGAAAUGGUAGGCUAUCCGUACGUAUGGUGAUGGAUGACUGGGG